UUUGGAGAGAUUGGUUAUUUGAGGUAGUACGAUUAGUACGUGGUGAAUUUGACAUCAUAUGCAUUUGACCUCGAAAGUUCGCUUGUGUUAUUGACUACGUUCUGUCUGAGUAUUGAGGCUCUGCCAUUUCAGAUGAGAAGCUGCCGAAUCUCAGCUUGCAUUUGAAGCUCCUACUAGUCGGCCCCAGUGCCGUCGGCCUUUUGGUGUUGCUGUCCUGAUGACAGAAGGCGGAAGCGAGGCAUGCGGUAAGACCCCUCCUAGCCCCACCUUCCACAAUUACCUGUUCCUAGGCAGCUCCUAGAACUACACAACAACACCUUCGCCAUGCCUCAGGAAGCGUCCAAGAUCGCCGAACCCGACACCACCGCCGCUGCAGCUGAGGAGGUCAUCGCCGAAUCCAGCAAGCCAGAUGACGACCACGAAUUCGAGGACGAGAGUGGAGACGAAGCUACAGAAACGGUAGAAGGAGGAGAGGGAGCUACAGAGAAGAAGAAGAAAAGCAGGAAGCGCAAGAUCAAGGAUGCAAUCGCUGGAAAGGGAAAGGCAUCUGCGGCCACAGAUUUGAAUGCGCCGGCUGCUGGACAACUUGGCAAGGACCAGAUGAGCAUGCUGCUGGACGCCAACCCUGCGCUGAAGAACCAGCUCAUGUCCAAGGCGAAUAAUAAGGCUGAACUGGAGCAGAUGAUCAAGAAGCUCAACAUCAACGAGAUGCUGACUGGCCUGGCACCCCAGGGCGCUACAAAGGACAUGGCUGAUCACGCGUUCUGGAAGACACAGCCCGUACCGAGCUUCGACGAGAUGGCCUCAAAGGACCGCAUACCAGACGGACCCAUCAAGGAGAUCGAUAUCGAGAGGGUGGACAAGAACCCUAGCCCAAUGUACCCUGGCUUCGAGUGGGUCACUAUGGAUCUCGAGGACACAAAGCAGCUUGACGAGGUCUACGAUCUGCUCACGAAUCACUACGUUGAGGACAAGGACGCUACCUUCCGCUUCAAAUACUCUCCAUCUUUCCUGAACUGGGCUCUCAAGGCGCCUGGCUGGAAGAAGGAAUGGCACGUCGGUGUCCGCGCAACAGCUUCAGGCAAACUUGUUGCGUUCAUCUCGGGUAUCCCCAUUCAGCUGCGGAUACGCGACAAGGUGCUCAAGUCUUCGGAGGUCAACUUCCUCUGUGUUCACAAGAAGCUCCGCUCGAAACGACUUGCUCCCGUCCUGAUCAAGGAGAUCACUCGCCGUUGCUACGUCGAGGGCACCUUCCAGGCCGUAUACACUGUUGGCUCCCUUCUGCCUACCCCUGUCGCCACGUGUCGCUACUUCCACCGCGCACUCGAUUGGGAGAAGCUGUACGAUGUUGGCUUCUCGCCUCUUCCGCAUGGCAGCACGAAGUUGCGCCAGAUCAACCGAUACAAACUACCAGAUACCACAUCCACACCAGGUCUGCGGAAAAUGGAAUCGAAGGAUAUACCUGCCGCGCUUGACCUGCUGAAGCGUUACCUUGCGCGCAUGGAUAUGGCCCAGGUCUUUGACCAGACCGAGUUUGAGCACUGGAUCUGCCCGAGCGAAGAGCCGAAGGAGCAGGUUGUAUGGAGCUACGUGGUUGAAGACCCCAAAACGCACAAGAUCACAGAUUAUUUCUCCUUCUACAACUUGGAGAGUACAGUCAUCGGAAACAAGAAGCACAACACCAUCAAGGCUGCGUACCUCUUCUACUACGCAACCGAGGUUGCGUUCGAGAAGGACGACGGAAAGUUGAAGACAACGCUCAACUCGCUGAUGAGGGACGCCUUGAUCAUUGCGAAGAAGGCCGACUUUGACGUUUUCAACGCCCUCACUCUUCUCGACAACCCGCUCUUCCUCGAGGAACAGCGCUUCGGAGCUGGCGAUGGCUCACUUCACUACUACCUGUACAACUACCGUGCAUCACCUAUCACGGGCGGCAUUGAUAGCAGGAACCAAGCAAGUGUCAAACACAUGGGUGGUGUUGGCUUGACUAUGUUGUAGGGCGCCAAAGUCAAGAUAAAAGAUGGUGAGAUCAGCAUAGAGAUUAAAACCCGAAGCGAGUAAAGAUCGCUGGUGAGUUCGUACCGAUUUGUAGCGC